GGGUUCACCGGGGCUAACUGUUGGGGUGCUAGCCAGCCGGGGGCCCUGCCCAGGGGUGGCUUCUCCGAGCCCUCAGGAGGCGUGGGUCUCUGUACAGAAUACCGACACCUGAGGAAGCCGCUGGAGGAGCCCCCGAUCCCCGGCUGGGCGGGCUACCUGCCCAGAGCCAGGGUCACCGAGCUGGGCUGCGCCACCCGGUACUCGGUCAUGGCCAAGAACUGCUACCGGGACUUCCUGGACCUCCUGGAGCGGUCCGAGAGAGCGCACCUGAAGCCCUAUGCGGAGUAAGUCUGGCUCGGGCGGGCGGGACGCAGGCGACAAGGGACAGGGCCGACCCGGGCCAGGGCUUCCCGGCUGCCCCAUCCCAGCACCAGGACGAUGUGGUGUCUGGUUUGUUUCCCACGGGCCUCGUCUGUAACUGCCCGGCCUUCCUCG